CCGGACGCGUCCUGAAGCGGCGUGCCCGGAGCGGAUGUGACGUCGGAGCGAGAAGCGGAAACUCUCUUUUCCUGCGUGACCGCGGAAAAAAUGGCGAACCUCGUAGAAGCAACUUCCCAGCAGCAGUUUGAAGACUUUUUAGCCAAAGCUGGAAAAUGCCUGACCGUGGUUCACUUCCAGGCGGCGUGGGCUCCCCAGUGCGGCCAGAUGAACGAGGUGAUGGCGGAGCUGGCCAAGGAACACACGCACACCACCUUCGUGAAGCUGGAGGCGGAGGCAGUGCCGGAGGUGUCGGAGAAGUAUGAGAUCGCCUCGGUUCCCACUUUCCUUUUCUUCAAAGGAGGGCAGAAGGUGGACCGGCUCGACGGGGCCCACGCUCCGGAUCUCACCGGCAAGGUGCAGCGCCUGGCGGUGGCGGGGGGCUCGGGCGGCGGGGAGGGCAGCCCCACGCUGGAUCUGAACCAGCGGCUGAAGAAGCUGAUUAACGCGGCGCCCUGCAUGCUCUUCAUGAAGGGCUCAUCUCAGGAGCCCCGCUGCGGCUUCAGCAGGCAGAUCGUGGCGCUGCUGAAGGAUCGCAGCAUCCAGUUCAGCAGCUUCGACAUCCUGUCCGACGAGGAGGUCCGGCAGGGGCUGAAGACCUACUCCAACUGGCCCACAUACCCUCAGCUGUAUGUGAACGGGGAGCUGAUAGGCGGGCUGGACAUCGUCAAAGAGCUGGCCGAGUCCGGGGAGCUGGAGAACACCUGUCCCAAGACCGUCACCCUGGAGCACCGCCUGAAGAGCAUCAUCAACCGCAGCCCGGUCAUGCUCUUCAUGAAGGGCAACAAGGAGGCUGCAAAGUGCGGCUUCAGCAGGCAGAUCCUAGAGAUUAUGAACGGCACCGGGGUGGAUUAUGACACUUUUGAUAUUCUGCAGGACGAAGAGGUGCGUCAGGGUCUGAAGACUUAUUCAAACUGGCCGACCUACCCUCAGCUGUACGUGAAAGGAGACCUGAUCGGAGGUUUGGACAUAGUCAAGGAGCUGAAAGAGAGCGGAGACCUGGCGUCGGUGCUGAAGGGGGAGCAGUAGAUAUUAUUGUUUUGCCAUUACCAAGAAAACAGGGAACAGGAGCUACUGCACAUGCCCAGAUCAGCUUUCCAUCACUGUGCUGCUGUAACAUUGCGUAAGGACCCGGAGGUGAAAACAGUCAGCCAUGAAGACAAACAACAUGCAAUGAGAAAACUACUCACUCUAGCCACUGGAUACAUUCACUUUCAGUUUGCACUCAAGUUAAAUGAAAUGGCAAUAGAACAACAGGAAUGGACAUUUAUUUUUAUGUAAUGAGUAUAUUGAUUAGCACAGGUAUGUUGGCAAGCUUUUAUUAUAUUUUAUUUUACAUAUUGAGCAUAUAUAUCCAGAAAUGUUUAAACUGAAAGUCAAGCAAUCCCAGAUUUCGUCCAAGAUGGCAAAGCCUCACUCACUCAUACACUCUUUACUUUGGUGAAAGCACUUCCCUCGUCGGUGUCUGUCUCUGGGAAUUCAUUCAGUUAUAGCUGGCUUUGGCUGGUGCCGUCUGUUGUCUGCAGCCAUGGAUCACAUCCUCCCCUCCACAUUAUCAGAGCUGCCGGCUGACCCACGUGCUCGGUUCACCAUCUUGUGCUGACUCGUCUCGUCCCAACCCGUCCAGCGCCUGCCAACUCUUUCCUCCUUUAGACUGCUGUCUCUCUCUACCUUGAAAGACUGAUCUGGGUUAAGUCCUUAGAACUAAAAUGGUGGCACUUAUUAAUACCUUACUCAAAUACAAGAUCAACAAUAAAAGAUUAUCUUCA